AUGGCAUGGAAAGCAUCAUCGAGAAGCAGCAGACAACUUGUAAAGAAUGGAAAAGAGGGCAAAGAUAGUGGUGUCGAAGGUGAUGGCUCAAAUUCUCAAGGCUGUGAUUUAGGAGGUGUUGCAUUUGAUGACUCAAUUGCCCCAGGUUGUAGUGAACGAAAUGAUGCCGAUAGGGACGUUCCACCGGAAACAAUCACUUCAUCCUCCCCUUUCAUCACUCCAUUAUGUCGCUGUUUCGGUCACAAUAAUUCAAUCAUCAAUAACGUACCACAGGCGGAACUGGUUGAUUCUGUUGAUGCAAGAGGUGGACUUACAAUCUCAUUUUUAUCGGUUUCAACCAUCUUCAAUCUUGCUGCCAAUGCCAUCGCCUUUACGGCAGUAGCAAAGAAAGCUUAUGAGAAAUUGUUUGAGGUCGCUGCUAGUCAUCAAUAG